UUAACUGUCACUGUCAAUUUUCACAUUCACAAAUAGGUUAGUAUUUAUGAUUCGGAUUAUUUAAAGGUGCAUGUGUUUGUCUUUAGAAACUAAACUAAGUAAUGAUGGAGGAAAUAGAUGUAGACUUUGUAUCGUCUGAACACGAUCGCUUACUAAAUGCAGUUACUAAAUUAGACAAAACUCAACAUAUAACUGAACCUACACGUAACGAACCAACAAAUACUAAUUCCGAGUUUAAUUUAAUCAAAAGAUCAAAUAAACUUAACUUAAAAAAUGUUGCGAAAGUAUUGGAAAACAAAGCUCAUCAUGUGAAAAUAAGCAAAAAGUUGAAAGAAAGUCAAAACUCUUCUAAAAUUCUUCCAAAGCCAAUAGAGAAACCGGAGGCAGAACGUAUAAAAAGAAGCACUGGCUACCAACAAACGAAGCAUAAAAUUGGACGAUGGGAUCCGGUCGUUGCACGCAAUCGUACAGUAAAUUUUGUGUCCUUUCCAUUAAAACGUGUUAGUUCGAAACUUCAACCAACACAUGAGUUUUUAUCUAAGUUGAAACUCAAGUCACCACUUGAAAGAGAGUUAGACGAAGUGGAUCCACCUAUUCCUGAGGUGCCAGACGAGGAGGAGAAACCUGAGUACCCAAUGUCUUAUGAAGAGAUGCUCGAGCACAGGCGGCAGCUAGCAAAGUUACGAGCCCAGCAAUCAUACAAAGCAGCUAAAGCUAAAAGGCAGAGUAAAAUUAAGAGCAAGAAAUACCAUCGCAUUUUAAAAAAAGAUAAAUUAAAGCAACAGUUAAAGGAGUUUGAAGAAUUGCAAAGUAAGGAUCCAGAAGAAGCUCUAAAGAAACUUGAAUCACUUGAGAAGGCUCGAGCAUUAGAACGGCACACACUAAGGCACAAAAACACUGGGAAAUGGGCAAAAAGUAAAUUGAUAAGAGCAAAGUAUGAUAAAGAGGUGAGACAACAGUUAGCUGAGCAAUUGGCAGUCAGCAAAUCUCUUACACAUAAAACAGUUGAUGCAGCAAGUUCAGAUGACGAUGAUGAUACCAAACAAGAAAAUCCAGACUUAAAGUUAUUACAAGAUCCAACAAACCCAUGGAUGAUGAAAAGAUCUGAUAAAGAUAAUGUGGACUCGGAGUUCGAUUUUGGAUACAAAAAGUAUCUCAAAGAUAAAAUGUUAAAACGUAAAGAACUUAGUGAUUCCGAAUCGGAGGAUGAAAAAGCAGGCAGUAGCACUAAAAGUAAUAAUGCAAUGAACAUCCUGAAGAAGAGUGUUAAUACUUUAAGUGAAAAUGUAUAUGAAACACAUGACAAGACUGCAAUUAACAAAGCUAAUGAACAACCUAAAAGAAAAAAAAGUAAAUUGUCGGAAAAAAAGCUAUCAAACAAAGAGGAUAAGGUUGGAGCAAAUGCUAAAAUAGUUGCUACAAUUUCAAAUUGGUUUGUUGAACCCGUUAAUAUAGAUCAAGGAAAUGCAUCAGAAGAUAUUUCUAACAUAUUUGAAUCAUUUGAAAACAAGCUUGCUGACAAGGUGACUAAAAAAUUAAACAAACUAAAGAAAGAUCUUGAUAAAACAAAAACGAAACCUAAACUUCAAAACAAAAAAGAAACUCUUAAACCAAAAAAAGAAUAUGGUGUUGAAUAUUAUGAAUUUAAGAAACAAAAUGAGAAACCCAUUAUUGAUGAACCAUUACUUGAAACUACUGGUAAAACUAAUGAUGUUGAAACUGAAACAAAAUCUUUAACUAAGAUAUUAACCACUGAAACACAAGAGAAUCCGAAUGCCAACAUUGACCCUAGUAGGUUUAUUGUAGUCAAACCUAAAUAUUUGAAUACCGCAUUGCCAAAAGAUGUAAAUGAAUAUGAUGAGUUAGAUGAUGAUGAACAAGUUGUUCCAAAAAUUGAUAUUGAAGAAGUUUUUGAAGAGGAUGAUGUUGUUGAUAGUUUUAGACAGGAAAAAGAAGAUGAAAUCAAUAAGGAUAAACCACAAGACAUUGACUUAAGUUUGCCAGGUUGGGGCCAAUGGGGGGGUAAAGGUGUUAAAGCUCCCAAGAGAAGGAAAACGCGAUUUAUACUUAAAGCACCGCCUUGUACACCACGUCGUGACGAAAAUAAGGGUGACAUAAUAAUAAAAGAGUACAAAGACCCUAAACUCGCUGUGCACAAAGUUUCUGAUGUACCAUUUCCGUUUAAAUCUAUAAAAGACUAUGAAGCUUCUCUUCGAGUUCCACUGGGCAAUACCUUUAUCACUGAAAAAGCCCAUAAAAAACUUAUCCAACCUAAUGUACUAACAAAAGCUGGUACUAUUAUUCAACCAAUGGAUGAAGAUGAAUUACUUAUUCGAAAACACCAGCAAUUUAAUAAUGAUCCUAUUAUAAAAUUAUUAGGACAGAAAUAAAAAUCUAUUUUUUUAUGUA